AUGAGUUUUAAGAAUGAAGUUGUCAUAGUGACGGGAAGCUCCGGCAUCGGCGCGGCGACGGCGCUGAUGUUCGCCGAGGAGGGCGCCGACGUGGCGCUAGUGGCGCGCUCGCAGGCCAAGCUCGCCGCCGUCGCCAAAAGCAUCGAGGCACUCGGCAGGAAAUCCCUUAUCAUCCAAGCCGAUCUUUCUAAAGAAGCUGCCACUGCCAUCGUUGUCCCUAAAACUGUAGAACAUUUCGGAAAGUUAGACGUGGUCAAUAACGCAGGGAUAUCUCCAGCAGGAUCUUCGACGGAAGGCACAGUAUUUGCGUACGAUGUAGUGAUGAAAACUAACGUUCUGGCGGUGAUCCAGUUGACUAGCAUGGUCAACAUUUCAAGCGUGGUAGCAUUACGGCCGUGCAAAAAUCCGGAGUUGCUCCCGUAUUUUGUGUCAAAAGCGGCUCUGGACCAUUUCGCGCGUUGCACUGCUGAUGUAGAACAAGCGUCUUCUGGAGUUAGAGUCAAUACUGUCAACCCUGGACCAGUGGAUGACGACAUUAACAGUAACAAUAACAUUGGUGAUCCCAAGGUUAUACGUCAGGCGCUUAUUGACGCUACCCUCCAAGGUUUCAUAGCUACGAAUGAAGAUAUUGGCGGUGUAAUUUUGUUCCUAACUAGCGACAAGGCGAAGAGCAUAACUGGAUAUAACUACGUCAUGGACAAUGGUUUGGUUUAG